UCGUUCCUGGGCUAUAAGCGAUCGAGGGAGUCGAGGGCCGGUGAACGUUAACGAAUUCUGCAGAACAGAGGAAAUAUUUGGCGGUUUAUUUAUUUACUUAUUUUCUCUUAUUGGAGUCUAAUUAUCAAUGGUCUCUUCUCCGGCCUUCGAUCUUCGUCCCUAGGCAUCUGGGUAUUUUCAUAGCUGAUUGAGACUCCUAUUACCAUCUUUUACUUAGCCAGAUUGCUCUUGUUCUGGAGAGAAAUAUGAUGUUCAGAAGAAAGCCUCCUUCUUUGGUUGAUCUGUGCAUUAGAACUGCAAUUGAUAAUGUUAGGUAUCUUGGAGAUGUUGGGGAAACGGACAUAAACUUAUUGAAGGAAAUUUUGCCUCACUGUACAGUGGAUCAGUUGAUGCACAUUGAGAAGUCUACGGAAGGAAGAGACCUGAGUCCAGUAACUGAUAGCUUGUGGAAGAAAUUCUAUGAACAACAGUUUGGUGCUAAAAGUGCCAAUCUUGUUAUUGAGAGGAUGAAACAGAGGAAGGUGUCAUUUAAAUGGAGGGAUCUAUACGACGCAAAACUGAAAGACUGGGAUGAAGCUCAAAAGAAAUCAGUUGAUCGACUUAAGCAGCUUUAUGAAAAGGAAGUUGUUAGAAAACAAAGUCGGCAAAUUCAGAUUUGUACAAAGGUUCCACCUUCAAGUAAUAAACGAAAUUUCAAUUGGGGUAGUGGAUCUUCCAGUAGUGUUUCCAAUUUGAAGGGUAACCUGAUGAAAAAAGCAAAAUUGGAGUUCCUUAACAGUCACGAGAUGAAAGUUCAUGCAGCUAUGAGGAAAAACGCCUUGCAAAGGAAUCAAGGGGUUUCUCGCACAAUUAAACCAGGUGGUAUUAUUGGAAGAGAAUCUGCUUCUAGUUCCAGAGUAACCAGGCCAUUACCAAGACCAUAGCAGCCUGCUUCAUUAUUGCUAGCAUUGCUGCCAAGUACCAAGGGAACCAACCCCAUAUGGUAUUUGUGUUUUGAUCUCAUACAAUAAUUCCAUUUUUGGUUUUCGUUGGGAAAGAGCUGCUUUCCAGUACAUUCUUGGCUUAUGUUGUUUUUACAUGUGAUUUCCUCCGUCUCCAUCCAGUGUAGAAAAAAAAAGGGUUGUGUUGUAUGUGUAACCGUGCUUUCCCCCCACCCCGAUAGUUUAUACUUCUAUUCCUAUUACACGUUGCUAGCUUGGCACCCAGAAAUGCAUGUAUUCGGUUCCAUGA